AUGGCUGAUAAUGAAGAGAUCUCAAAGAAUGUCUAUUGCGUAACUGAAGUUUAUGUUCUUAAAAAUGUGUCAUCAGACACGUGGAGAUUAAUCAACAAGUAUUCACAUCCAACAUGGGCCACAUUUGCACAUGAUCAUCUCCGAUUAGGAAUUUGUGUAAAUGAAUGUAAAAAGGAGCUGAAUAUGUUUGAAAUACAAGAUAGUAAGCAUGAUGAAAGAGGUAUGAGUAUUGUGGGAAGUUUGCCAAAUUACAUGACAAAACCAAGCCAAUAUGAAGGUCAAAUAAUUGAUGAUAUCAAUUACGGGCCAUUAAUCGAUAAGUGUGUCAAUAAAAGGAUGAAAAAGAAGUUUGGAUUACAAGUAGCAACAAGAAUUAAUUAUUGCAAUGAUAAUGAACAAAAGUCAUCGAUUAUUGAUUUGAACUUCCUGAAUGCUUCAUUGUUUACGUUCAUUUGUGGAGUUGUUGCAUUAAAUGUGCUUGCAUCUCUUGGAUAUGGAAAAUCAUCAAAAAUCAUUCAAAGCUUCAAUUCAUCAGAAAACAUCAAGUCAUUCUUAACGGUUAAUGAAUCAUCUGAUCUAAACAUUCUGUAUUCAAUUAAAUUUUACAGCUUAUUACUAGUCAUUAUUGGACAUGGAAUUAUGAUGAUUGGAUACAUGUUUUGUGAAAAUGGCGCACUUACAGAAGAGAUAACUUGGACACCAUUUACAAUUCUUAUAAAUAUGGGGCGGCUGUCUAUCCAAAACUUCUUUACAAUCGCUGGAUUUCUUUUAGGGAUUAAGUUUUUAAAGCCUGAUUCUGAAUUAAAGGCUGCUGGGCUUUUGAAAAGUAUUUUUAUCCGGUAUAUUGGGUUCAUUCCAGUCAUCAUACUUGUAUUCCUUGUGAGUUUAAUGCCCACAAGUCUCCUGAGAACAGAUCCAUUCCUUCGAUAUUACACAGAAAAAGAAGAGAUCCACUGCAAAAACAAUUUUUGGACCAACAUAUUUAUGAUCAAUAACUUUGUUAAGCCAGACGAACCAUGCCUACAACACACAUGGUAUUUAGCAGCUGAAUUUCAACUUUUUGUUAUCGGACUUUUAAUUAUUGUAUUAAUCAAAAGAUUUCAUCGCUUUGGAAUUUUCAUCGGAACUGUUUGCUUCAUUGUACCUGCAAUAUGGACUGUCUACAAAGUUCAUCCAUCUUUUCCUGGAUUUUUUUCACCUGAAUCUGGUCGCUUUCUUUUCCGAAACAACCUCUUCUACCUCAAAUAUCACCUACCAACCUAUGCGAACUUUGAUAACUAUUUUGUAGGCUUACUAGGAUCACUGCUUUAUAACAACACAAAGAUUACUCAAUCUAAGUUAUUCAUAAAGUAUUAUCAUUUGAUCUGCGUUCUGUCAGUCAGCAUAUAUGCGGUUGGUCAAGUAAUUAUUUAUCUGACAAAUUUCGAGAAGUCAUCCCUAUUAUUCACGAUAUUUUUAACGGAAUCGCGUAAGCUGUGGGGACUAAGCUUGAUAAUCUUAAUAAUUGGAUGUCAUGUGAAUAAAUCACGAAAUUCAGCAGCAAAAUUCCUAAAUUGGAAGGCAACGGUACUCUUGGGAAAGAUAAAUCUUGAAGUUUAUCUGCUGCAUAUGUUAAUAAUGUUCAUACUGCAAUUUGGAACUGGACCAAUUCGUGCAACAACGAUAGAAUCGCUUAAAUUCAAUUUGUCAUCGAUAUUUUUGACUUAUGUCGUAAGUUUCAUCGUCCAUGUCUUCAUAUUAUUACCAUACCGAAAGAUAAUAAAGUUGUUUACGUGA